UUUUGUGAUGGUGUUUUUUUUUUCCUUCUUAUUCUUCUUGUUCACUAACAUAUGAUUUCAUGCAGACAGAUUACAUGGAAAGAGAACCACCAGAGAUAGUUAUAUUAAUGUUAAAAGCGUGCGUAUUUCUCGCCUUGGUGCCAUUUAUUUGCAUUAGUCAAGCCAAUUCAGAACAACUAGACAAAUCUGUUUCAAGAGAAAUUGCUAACAACGAAAAUCCAGGUUUUAUAAGCAUUGAUUGUGGAUCAAACGUUGAUUACUAUCAUGAUGAAACCGGAAUUUGGUAUAAGACAGACGAAGGGUUUGUGGAAACAGGAGAGAAUCGUAUGACUUCAUCUAGUGUCAAACUAAACUAUCUUUACUUUGGGAAACAAUUAAUAACAUUGAGAUGCUUUCCAGAAGGAGAUAGAAACUGCUACACAUUGAAACCAAAAGAGGGAAAAAAUAAAAAGUAUUUGAUUCGUGCUUUAUUUUCAUAUGGAAAUUAUGAUGGAAAAAAUCUGCAACAGUCUUUUCAACUGUAUCUUGGAGUGGACCUUUGGCAAGAUAUUGAUUUCAUUGAAUAUUACUAUCAUACAGAGAUUAUUCACACUCCUUCAACUGACACAAUACAUGUGUGCCUUAUAAAGUCUAGUCCAACAAUUCCUUGCAUUUCUUCAUUGGAAUUGAGGCUUUUGAAUAAUUCCAUUUAUCAGAAUGAGGAGAUAAACUCUACCGGUGCUCCACAACCUCUACUGAAAUUGGAAGAAAGGUUUGAUGUUGGCCCCUCGACCUGUUACUACAAAGACCCCAGGAAUUUUGUUGGUCGAAGAGACGCUAGGUAUAAAGACGACGUGUAUGAUCGGAUGUGGAGUUGUGACCAAUUAUUGUACAUAACUUUCGAUUGGUAUCCAAUGGGUUUGGAUGAAUCUAUAAAUAUGGAUAAUGCAACCAAUGAUACUUAUAAAUUACCUGCCAACGUUUUGAAGAGUGCAGCUCAACCAAGGAAUGUGACACGUACCUUGGGAUUUGUCUAUACUGCAUAUAGUAGUACUGCACAGUAUUAUGUUUACCUUCACUUUAAUGAAAUUGAGAAACUUUCGGAUGGGAAAAAAAGAAAAAUAAAUAUCACCUUCAAGAACCAACCUGUCCCCUCUAAGCCUAUAGUUCUUGAUUACUUGAAGCCUGUUACUCUCAACAUCAAAAUUCAAGGUGAUGUUUUGUUUAACAUUAGUGCAACCUCAGAUUCGAAUGCUCCUCCUAUACUCAAUGCUUACGAGAUCUAUAAGCUCAUUACCCCACUUGAUUCGCCUACAUACGCUCAAGAUGUUGGUGCAAUCACGGAUAUAAAAAGCUCCUAUCUGGUCAAUAAAUUGAGUUGGCAAGGAGACCCUUGUCUUCCUACGGAAUAUGCAUGGGAAGGUCUUGUUUGCACAGGUGACACCAUUCCAAGGAUCACAUCUUUGAACCUGAGCUCAAGCAAACUAACGGGGGAGAUAAACAUUUCAUUCUCAUAUCUUACAGAACUAGAAUUUCUGGAUUUGUCGUACAACGAGUUGGAAGGGUCUUUGCCAGAAUUUCUAGCACAUUUGCCAAAGUUAAAAGUUCUCAAUCUAACGGGAAACAAGCUUUCUGGUCCAAUUCCUAAGGAUCUCAAGGAAAAGGCAGACAAUACAACGUUGGAAUUAAGUGUGGCUGGCAAUCAUGAUCUUUGUAUGACGGGUUCGUGCAAAAAGAAGAACAUUGUUGUACCACUUGUUGCAUCAUUUUCAGCAUUAUUUCUAAUCAUCUUGAUCUCUCUUGGAUUUCGCAUAUUCAAAAGACAAAAAGGUCUUGGAUUUGACAUAUCCAAAAGACAAAAAGCUUUAUCAUUUCAUGUAAUUCCACCGGCACGUUCUAAUUCAAAGAAGUGGGGUUCACUAAAAUCAAAACAUCAUGCAUUCAGUUACAAUGAAAUUCUCAAUAUUACUGAUAACUUCAAAACUAUAAUUGGAGAAGGAGGAUUCGGAAAAGUUUACAUCGGCAUUUUACAAGAUCGCACUCAAUUAGCUGUAAAAAUGCUUUCAACUUCAUCGAAGCAAGGGUAUAAGGAAUUUCAAUCAGAGGUGCAACUAUUAAUGAUUGUUCAUCAUAGGAAUCUGGUCUCUCUCAUUGGAUAUUGUGAUGAAGGUGAAAUCAAAGCACUGAUUUAUGAGUACAUGGCGAAUGGAAAUCUCCAACAAUAUUUAUUAGUGGAAAAUUCAAAUAUCUUAAACUGGACUAAGAGACUUAAAAUUGCAGUUGAUGCAGCACAUGGAUUGGAUUAUCUGCAUAAUGGGUGUAAACCACCUAUUAUGCAUAGAGAUUUGAAGUCUUCCAACAUAUUACUAGAUGAGAACUUACAUGCCAAGAUUGCUGAUUUUGGUCUAAGUAGAGCUUUUGGUAAAGAUGAUGAUUCUCAUAUAUCUACGCGCCCUGCUGGUACAUUUGGUUACGUUGAUCCACAAUUUCAAAGAACAGGAAACACAAACAAGAAAAAUGAUAUUUACAGCUUUGGAAUUAUUCUAUUUGAGCUGAUCACUGGCAAGAAAGCACUAAUAAAAGCACCUGAUGAAACCAUUCACAUACUUCAAUGGGUUCUUCCCUUAAUAAAAGGUGGAGAUAUUCAAAACAUUGUUGAUACGAGGUUGCAAGGUGAAUUCAACAUCAAUUCUGCAUGGAAAGUUGUUGAGGUAGCCAUGUCUUGCAUUUCACAAACUGCAGCUGAAAGGCCAGACAUAAGCCAAAUACUGGUAGAGCUAAAGGAAUGUCUAUCUUUGGAAAUAGUUCAAAGCAAUACCGGAAGCGCAAGAGAUAUAAUUGAAUUGACUUCUUUAUCUACUGGAUCAGAAAUCACUCCAUCAGCUAGGUAACCACUGCAUGAUGAUGAUCUCUUCAUCCUAUAUCCAGUGUCACCUCGAACGUCCAAGUAUAUUAGUCUUAUGAUAUGUACUUUUGAAAGUUUUCCAGGAACAAAAAGAGUUCUGUUACAACUACUAUGGUAUGAGUGAUGCUUAUUAAAUCACUACUUUCCUCCUAAACUCUUAGGAAGGAUAAGGUACAUGAGAUAUAAAUAAAUUGUUAGUUGUUACAAUAAAAACAAAAAUUAUGUAUGCAUUUAUUUUACUAAUUA